UUGCACCGGCCGCUCGCGCGCAGCCCGGCGUCGCCCCGUGCCGCGCUCGCUCCUCCCUCCCUCCUCCCGCUCCGUGGCUCCCGCGCUCCCGGCGAGGCUCAGGAGCCGACCGCGCGGACGGGCGCACGGGCAGACGGCCCCGGGGAAGCGUCGGCCCGCGCCUCCCGGGCGGGCUAUGUUGAUUGCCCCGCCGGGGCUGGCCCGCGGGAUCAGCACAGCCCGGCCCGCGGCCCCCGCGGCCAGUGGGGACUAUGAACCGGAAAGCGCGGCGCUGCCUGGGCCACCUCUUUCUCAGCCUGGGUAUGGUCUACCUCCGGAUCGGUGGUUUCUCCUCGGUGGUAGCUCUGGGUGCCAGCAUCAUCUGUAACAAGAUCCCAGGCCUGGCUCCCAGACAGCGGGCGAUCUGCCAGAGCCGGCCCGACGCCAUCAUCAUCAUAGGAGAAGGCUCCCAAAUGGGCCUCGACGAGUGUCAGUUUCAGUUCCGCAACGGCCGCUGGAACUGCUCGGCGCUAGGGGAGCGCACCGUCUUCGGGAAGGAGCUCAAAGUGGGGAGCCGGGAGGCUGCCUUCACGUACGCCAUCAUUGCUGCUGGAGUGGCCCACGCCAUCACAGCUGCCUGUACCCAGGGCAACCUGAGCGACUGUGGCUGCGACAAAGAGAAGCAAGGCCAGUACCACCGGGACGAGGGCUGGAAGUGGGGUGGCUGCUCUGCCGACAUCCGCUACGGCAUCGGCUUCGCCAAGGUCUUUGUGGAUGCCCGGGAGAUCAAGCAGAAUGCCCGAACUCUCAUGAACUUGCACAAUAACGAGGCUGGCCGAAAGAUCCUGGAGGAGAACAUGAAGCUGGAGUGCAAGUGCCACGGCGUGUCGGGCUCAUGCACCACCAAGACGUGCUGGACCACGCUGCCACAGUUUCGGGAGCUGGGCUACGUGCUCAAGGACAAGUACAACGAGGCCGUCCACGUGGAGCCCGUGCGCGCCAGCCGCAACAAGCGGCCCACCUUCCUGAAGAUCAAGAAGCCGCUGUCCUACCGCAAGCCCAUGGACACAGACCUGGUGUACAUCGAGAAGUCUCCCAACUACUGCGAGGAGGACCCGGUGACGGGCAGCGUGGGCACGCAGGGCCGCGCCUGCAACAAGACGGCGCCCCAGGCCAGCGGCUGCGACCUCAUGUGCUGCGGCCGCGGCUACAACACCCACCAGUAUGCGCGUGUGUGGCAGUGCAACUGCAAGUUCCACUGGUGCUGCUACGUCAAGUGCAACACGUGCAGCGAGCGCACGGAGGUGUACACGUGCAAGUGAGCCCGAGACCGCGCGGCCCGCCGUCUCCAGCUGCAGGUGAGCCUGCGGGGGG